AUAUAUUUGUAAUUUACAAAAUUCUAAAAAUUCUAUAUCACAUACAAAAUGUGAUUGAAUAAAAAAAUAUAUGAUCAAGAUGACUCCUCUAUUACAUCAACAUUGACCUUACAAAAUGUCGACACAUUACUAAUGUUACAUUAGUACCUCAAUAUCUAAGAAACUACUUGUUGAAAUGAAAAUGAUUUAUUUGUACAACCUUGUCAGCUUUUAACUCUGUUCUCAUUGGCUUGAACAGCUGUUACCAUACAUUUUUGUACUGUGGUGCAAGUUUUUUUUGUUCAGCAAUUGUCCAUCUACCAACUUUUUGACAUUUUCUCUUUUUUAGACUACUGUCGGUGUAGCUAUCAAAGUCAUUUAUUUCCCCAUCUGAAAGUUUCCCAGAGGAAAAUAUUACUGGGCUAUAACUAGCUUAUAAUUAAUUUUUUCAUCAUCAGUAUUUUAGCUAAUUAAAAGACUAUGUUAUUCAUGCACUAAACAUCUUGUUUUCUAAUUGUACUGUCUACAGAUAGGCUUACAAGGAUGAGUAAAAAAAUGCCACACCUUUGGGUGGUAAAGGAAUUCAAGUUACCAGGGCAUCAAAAUUUUGCUAUAAAUCAUGGAUAAGUGAUACAGCCACCAUGGGCCUCUUGUUUGUCAUUAGAUAAAUUUCAAUAUGAUUUUGUCAGGGUUUAAUUAUUUUUAUCAACUUGGUCUCCAGACAUUAUUUUGAAGCUGUCCAUUAUAAUACAACCAGUUGUAUUAUGUUCCAAUAUUAUCAUUUCCUAUUGUAUUGUUACAGAAUCAUAUUGGCUCCUAGUCUUGAUAUGUCAUUAUCUAAUAAUUGUAGUAUUCUAGUCACAAAACCAAGGCCAGAAAUAAUUCUAUCGAAACUCAAAUGAAUUCUUGUGAUUGGCUUAACUGAGAUAUUGGGGGCAUUGUUUCUUCACCUUGAAUUAAAACGGGUUUUUAUGAAGUUGAUCUGAUUGAGAAAAAAAGAAAAAAAUCAGCAUUCAGUAACAAACAAAUGAUUUUUUUUCGCCACCGAUUUAUCUCUGCUAGUGAACAAAUAUGUAGUGUGGACACAAUAUAUUUAUGUACAUGUUUGUUUUCAUUGUUUGUAAAUUAAUAAAGAGGACUAUUUCCCCUGUUAAUAUAAAACUAUAUGUUGUAAUGGAAUAUAUCACUGCCACUCUUUGUACUGGUGAAAGCAACCUUUUGAAACAAAUUUCCUUCACUUUGAAAUACAAUAUAUUUAUAUAAUUGCAGCAUUGGAAUUAUUCCUUGUUCAAUGUUAUUAUAAACAAGCAUUCCGUUUUAUCAUUCCGUUUACAAAGAAAACUAUUUGCAAGUUUUGGUUGUUAAAUUUACAAAUAAAUCUAUGUUUAUAUUUUCACACACAACAAAAUUAUUUAGCUAUACUGUACUGUAUGUUGAUACAGCUGGUAGCUACACUGUACGGUAUGUUGAUACAGCUGGUAGCUACACUGUACAGUAUGUUGAUACAGCAGGUAGCUACACUGUACAGUAUGUUGAUACAGAUGGUAGCUAUACUGUACAGUAUGUUGAUACAGCUGGUAGCUACACUGUAUGGUAUGUUGAUAUAGCUGGUAGCUACACUGUACGGUAUGUUGAUACAGCUGGUAGCUACACUGUACGGUAUGUUGAUACAGCUGGUAGCUAUACUGUACAGUAUGUUGAUACAGCUGGUAGCUACACUGUACAGUAUGUUGACAUAGCUGGUAUCUACACUGUACGGUAUGUUGAUAUAGCUGGUAGCUAUACUGUACAGUAUGUUGAUACAGCUGGUAGCUAUACUGUACAGUAUGUUGGUACAGCUGGUAGCUACACUGUACAGUAUGUUGACAUAGCUGGUAGCUACACUGUACGGUAUGUUGAUACAGCUGGUAUCUACACUGUACGGUAUGUUGAUACAGCUGGGAGCUACACUGUACGGUAUGUUGAUACAGCUUGUAGCUAUACUGUACAGUAUGUUGAUACAGCUGGUAGCUAUCCUGUACAGUAUGUUGAUACAGCUGGUAGCUACACUGUACGGUAUGUUGAUACAGCUGGUAGCUAUACUGUACAGUAUGUUGAUAUAGCUGGUAGCUACACUGUAUGGUAUGUUGAUACAGCUGGUAGCUAUACUGUACAGUAUGUUGAUACAGCUGGUAGCUACACUGUACGGUAUGUUGAUACAGCUGGUAGCUAUACUGUACAGUAUGUUGAUACAGCUGGUAGCUACACUGUACAGUAUGUUGAUACAGAUGGUAGCUAUACUGUACAGUAUGUUGAUAUAGCUGGUAGCUAUACUGUACUGUAUGUUGAUAUAGCUGGUAGCUACACUGUAUGGUAUGUUGAUACAGCUUGUAGCUACACUGUACAGUAUGUUGAUACAGCUUGUAGCUACACUGUACAGUAUGUUGAUACAGCUGGUAAUUAUGUUGUACAGUAUGUUAAUACAGCUGGUAGCUACGCUGUACGGUAUGUUGAUACAGCUGGUAGCUACGCUGUACGGUAUGUUGAUACAGCUGGUAGCUACACUGUACGGUAUGUUGAUACAGCUGGUAGCUACAAUGUACAGUAUGUUGAUACAGCUGGUAGCUACACUGUACGGUAUGUUGAUACAGCUGGUAGCUACACUGUAUGGUUUGUUGAUACAGCUGGUAGCUAUACUGUACGGUAUGUUGAUACAGCUGGUAGCUAUACUGUACUGUAUGUUGAUACAGCUGGUAGCUAUACUCUACUGUAUGUUGAUACAGCUGGUAGCUACGCUGUACAGUAUGUUGAUAUAGCUGAUAGCUAUACUGUACGGUAUGUUGAUACAGCUGGUAGCUAUACUGUACUGUAUGUUGAUACAGCUGGUAGCUAUACUCUACUGUAUGUUGAUACAGCUGGUAGCUACGCUGUACGGUAUGUUGAUAUAGCUGAUAGCUAUACUGUACUGUAUGUUGAUACAGCUGGUAGCUACACUGUACGGUACGUUGAUACAGCUGGUAGCUACACUGUACAGUAUGUUGAUACAGCUGGUAGCUAUACUGUACUGUAUGUUGAUACAGCUGGUAGCUACACUGUAUGGUAUGUUGAUACAGCUGGUAGCUAUACUGUACGGUAUGUUGAUACAGCUGGUAGCUACAUUGUACGGCUUGUACCUUUACGUAAGCUAUAUGUUUUUGAUGUACAUUUAUGAUUAAAUUGAUGAAAUAUGA